CGAAAGCCACCGUCAGGUGGUCACACCGUCACCGUGUCUUUCCCUCACCAACCUGUCGACCCGAGCUCCAUCACGGAGCCUCUCGGCAAGAUUCCUUCACACGGGUCGCGCGCUUCUCUCUUAGGGGGGUCCUUUGAUCCCGCCUUCCGACGAGGUCCAGGGGGUUUCCGCGCACGAGAAGGAUAUUCGAACGUCGCACCCCCGGGUCAUACCUCCAGAAUGUAUCUUCCAAACACCCACUGGACGUGGUCCUUUGCAAUCAUUACACUCGUUCAAACAAUCGUAACACUCGGUCUAGAAUGUUACAUCUUCGCAAAUUUCCAAAUCCAAGAACUCCCUAACGACAGUCCCGCCUCGAAAACUAUCCCCACUUUCCUCGCUCUCUAUGGUUUCGGUUUCCUCUACGAACUCGUGCUGGUAUACGAUGCGCUACGCAUGAAGAACACGAUUCAAGUCAUUGGACUGUGUAUUUGCAAUGUCGGUCUCCUAAUCUACGGCGCUGUCCAAGUCAAGCAAAUUCAAGAUGCGGUCUCCACGUUGGCCUUCAUGAAGAAGAUCAGUCCGGUUGUCUGGGCUCAAUCCGAACCGUUCUUGAUCAUCAUUCCUUGCAUUGUGGCGCUGGGAACAUUUUUGAUGACAUUUGUCGCCUAUAAACUCUACGAUGAGUUCGCAUGGACGAUCUACAAACACAUUAGUGCUGAUUUGCGAAUGAAGCGUCGCUAUCUCACUUACCAGAUUUAUAUCGCAUUAUUGAAAUUUGAUUUCUUCUUCUUCUUGGGUUUCACUGUCCAGUUCCUUGUCUUGGUCUCUUCUGCCAAGAUGGAUACUGAAUUUGCACUCACUGUGGCUGCCAUCCCAGUGACCAUUAUCAUUCUGAUCUGUGGGGCUUGGUUUGUGCGACGAGAGACCACAAUGGGCAUGAUCAUCAUUAUUCUCCUGUUCUUCGCAGCCAUGGGAUACUUCAUUUUCAAGCUGUUCCGAAUGUACGCCCCCGCGACAUUCCCACAAUAUCUUCCCGCUCGACCAUCGAUGACCUUCUUUGCUAUUAUCACUAUCAUCCUGAUUGUGAUCACAAUCAUUAACGCCUGCCUGUGCGCCAACAACUUCAACCGCGGUUUGAAGCCCCACAUCAACAAGAAGAAGAACAAGGAGGCAGAAAAGACAACCGAGCUCACUUCCAACCUCACCCAAAUACCAUCCCGGAUGAUGAUCGACUGA